GGGCCCUGAUGUCGUUAAAAACAACAAAAACUUUAUAAUGGCAAAAGUUAUCUCCCUUCUCCACAAACGUCAUUGGACUUCGGACCGAUUGGGAAGUUGCAUUUAGUUGUGAUGAGAUCGUUAAGUUAGUGUUGGUACUGAGUACAUGCUAUAGGUCAACCAUAGAUGUCCCUUUCGAAGCUAAAAGAAUUUGUUGAUAAAGCUGAAAGGUAAAGCUACACCACGGUGACGGAGUGUUUUUGACAUCUGAUGGCGUUUUAUAGUGGACUUGUAAUCACCAUAGUCAUCUUAGGUGGAGCAGCUACACUAGGUUACCUGCCUGAGAUGACGUUGUCACGGGUGUUACUAGGUGUGGCUGGGGUGACAGCUGGGGUAGCCAUCUUGUGUAACUUGCCAAACAAUCCGUUUGUGACGGCUCCAAAGAGGGCAACGCUCCAGUACUUGUCAUCAAUCAAACUGAAAACAUUUGAUAGUCCGCCAAAGGAAAUUAUGGCGUCUACACUGUGGGAGAAGUCAGGUGCUGUCAUCAUGGCGGUCCGACGACCUGGAUGACCCAUGUGCAGAGAGGAGGCUAAGAAGCUGUCCUCUCUGAAGCCUGAGCUGGAUUCCCAUGGAGUCGCUCUGUACGCCGUCGUGCAUGAGACUCUGGGAGCCAACUCCUUUAAGACAUUCUUCGAUGGGGAUGUGUAUUUUGAUGAAGAGUGUGGAUUUUAUGGACCUGUUGAAAGGAGAAUUCUAUUGUCUGCAUUAAUGCGUGUGAAAGUGUGGCGCAACAUUUACAAAAAUUGGCAGUCUGGAGUGAAAGGGAAUCUUGCUGGUGAUGGAACACUGCUUGGAGGUGUGUUUGUAUUGGGACCAGGUGAGCAAGGCAUUUUGUUUGAACACCGAGAGAAGGAAUUUGGAGAUGCUGCUAAUUUAACGGAUGUUCUGAAUGCUGUGAAACAGAUUAAAUCUAAAUCAACUUAAAACUAUUUACAGUGUGUGUGUGUGUGUGUAAUGUGUAGUGUGAAGUGUGAAACAUUUAAAGUAUCUACAAGUUAUUGGAGCUUGGACUGUCUGUCUGGUUGUGAAUUGACCAAUAAUCAGAUUAAUGUUACGUCAUACAUUGAUGGUAGUGUGUUGUACUUUUAUAGUGUCAAAGGUUGUUUAUGCCUUGGGUUUGUUACAUAUUUGAGUAUUUUCAGAGCUGUCAACCUGUAAAUGUGUCAAGGCAUGAGAUUCACCCUAAAGCUAGGGUCCAGGGCCCAAUUUCACAGUGUAAGCCUAGUUUUGCAUGUAAACAAAUCUACGACUAAACCACAAUCUUGUUGCUAUUCACAGUACAACAAAUAUAGUUCAAAGAACAGAUAUUUCAUUUUCUUUUGUCCUUAAAAUUCUUUUAUCUUCCUUAUGAUGUAAUUUUCUGCUUUAAAUAGAUGCCAAACAAAUGUAAACAUAUGACUGAUAUAUCUGCGAGUGACAGACAUAACCUGUCGAUGUUUUGUGAAAUUUGCACCAUAGGCAGCAGAACAAGGACUGUGCCUUGGUAGGUAGGGAGUUGUAAGCGAUGAAGUCCCCCCCCCCCACACACACCAAAAACUGCUUAUAGAUAUAUUUUAAAGCCUCUGGUAGCAAUAGCUUUAAGAAAUGAUGUUUAUGAUAUUAUUCCCCGAUCAGCAUUUCUUAGAUAUUUUGACUCAAGUUAGUUGGGUAUCCACAUGCACUAAUUUUCCAAUGUAACGACAACACUAUUCACACAAUCCUGUGGUUGUGUUGAUGACAUUAGGCAUUGGAAAACUUUCUGAAUGAACCAAAGUUCCAACAUUUUGCUAUAUAUUUGUGGACAUGACAUUUGACAUCUUAAACGUGAGUGUGAUUUUGAAAAAACCCCGUGCGUGUCAUGGCAAAACCGUGAUUUGACAGAUCUGUAUUUCUUAAUAAAAUCAUAAUUAUUUUAAUAUAUUGGGUGGCAUCUAGCUUGAUGGAAGAAAGCUCAUGAGUGGGAUACAUUUAUUCCCCAUUUCAAGUUUUGUUUACUUCAAGAUAUUUGUCUUAUGUGCAAUAUUCUUAAAUCCUGUUUUAGUGGUAUAGUAGAGCACCUUCUUUAUUGUAAUCAUUUCUUAUGCAAUAUUCUCGUUUGCUUUUACCAUAUGGAAGUAAUUGCAUAUUGCCCAUGCCAAAGCCAGCAUAAAAGUAAUGUUCCUACCCAUAAUUCUUUCAGAAUAAUGGAUUGUAUAAUUAUUCGGCCGAAUCUUGCCUUGACAUUUCUAUUUUUAUUAACUGGUGAAUUUCUUAUCUGUUUUGGUUUCAAAUGUUUUUGUCAUUCUUCUUUUAAUUUGAAAUACUGGAACUGAACAUAUCAAUGUAAAUAAUGUUGAAAUAACCAUGACAAUCAUAAAACAAAUGUAAGCAAUACUAUCGUAAAAAGCAAUAAAUGUCCAAAAACCAGUCUUUGGUGAUCUGGAAAGAGGAGGACAUGUAGCCCUUUUUACAGCAUUACGGCAAGUCUAUUCACAUGUAUACAAUCUGUAAAAAGAAAUGAUAGUGGGGUAUCAUUCUAUUGGACCUCAUCACCUUGUAUACAUUGUAUACAUGUAGAUCAACUUGCUGAACAAGUCCCUUUGACUGGAACUAAUUCCAGUGAUCCAGUUUUCCUUUACAAGUAUGCAUUACAGUCGAUCUAUGUAAUAAGUCACAAAAUAAAGCAGCAUAAUGCAAGAACUGCUUAGCAGUAAAACUUGCCAUCACCACAAGCUUUUAUGUAUUUAGGCACUGAAUAUGGCAAUUUGUUUUUAGGAUUUCACCAGAAUCCUGGGAUCAGUCCCCGUUGGUGGACCCAUUGAACUAUUUCUCGUUCCAACCAGUGCACCACAAUGGUAUAUCAAAGAAUGUGGUAUGCUAUCCUACCUGUGAGAUGGUGCAUAUAAAAGAUCCCUUGCUAAUAAUGGGAAAAUGUAGCAGGUUUUCUCUCUUAAAUGGCUUUCUCAUUAUGCGAUUAGUAGCACUGACUUGUCGCAUGCGAUUUGUUGUAGCGACUCGAAUUGUGUGUAUGGGAAGAUGUUAUGUCAUAAGAUUUGAUGACGUCAAACAAAGCUCGUCACUACCUACAAAUUUCCACUGAAAUAAAGAAAACAUGAAUGUAGACAAUUUACUGAUGGCAUUAUGUAACAAAACAAUCUUUGACCACAUCUGGAUAAUAAGUUUUAUGGACCCAUGAAAUCCAGACAUUUUGACAUGUUUAUAAGCAGAUGAAAAAACAUGGAAGUGACAAAACUAAACAGUUGUAAAUUAAUGUGAUUUGAUUAGUUCAGAGCUUAUGAUAUGUCGUGAGAAACAGAACCUGUUCUAAUCGGUACGAUUUUGACAUGACUUGUUGUAUAGACUAAAGUCAUUCCGAUUUAGGUGGUCUCACAGUACGAUUUGAUCGCAUGCUACUAGUCAGUACGACUAAUCACGUAAUGAGAAUGUCCCUUUAAAACUCUAUGUGAAAAUUGACAUCCAAUAAACAAGGUGGGUGUCGUCAAACAAAAGAAACUUUUUCUACCAGAAUGAUACAAAUGAUGUCAUGUGAAUAUUUUGAGAUUUCAUCUCGUAAUCUUAUGCUUCAAACCAAAAAUAUGUGAUUCUCCGAAUUUUGCUGAAUUCACAAUCCUGUAAAAUGCGACCAUGAAACAGAAUGUCACAUAGCUACAGUUGUCUUUUCUAUCAAGUGCAUUAGUGUGUGGACACUCAGUUGGCAUUCUUGACAGUAUGCAUAAUAUUAAUUUUAGGCGUACCGGUACAAUAUAGAGGAAAUGAUCCCAUAUAGAAUAUAUACCGGCCUCAGUGACGUCAUCGUUAAACCAUCAGACAUAAUAAGGCUGGUAGGUACUUAGUUCGCAGUUCGAUACCCGCUCCCAGAGCAAGUUUUAAUGAAUGUCAGUUGGUGAGAAAUGCCACAAAGGUAUCGUCCCAUGUCGAAUACAUUUCAUGAGAUGUAUUAAUACAAAUAUGCUAUACGCUAUUAAAAAUAAAGCCAUGUAAAUUGGUAAUUUUAUUUGUUGUGAUAAAAAUUAUAACAUAUUUACAGGCCUUUGUUGGACAUCAAAGUUCUUGCACCACAAAUGUAUGAAGCUAAUGGUCAAAAUUUAGAUGACCAGCAGCUGAUUUUUAAUAGUUGUUUGCAGGUACUUUGCUGUUAAAUAUGUUGGCCAAAUGUAAUUGUGCUUUUGACAAAAUAUAAAUAAAUGUUUUUUCUUCUCAA